ACUCGAUCUCUUGCCUAUGGACGACGGCGGUCCUCUCUCUCCAAAGGCAAAUGCUUUCAGUAUUGCCUCUCUGAUUUCGGCUGCAGAGCAAGCAGGAAACGUAGCGUUUGAGCAGCAGAGCGCCGGCCUGGACAAGUCAGACCUGCGCAGCCACAGUUCCUUUAAAAUGCACUACAGCACUGUCACCCGGGAAAUGGAAGCCAUAUCCAGUCCGUGGCUGACGCAGCUGUCCCAUUUUUGCGAUGUUGCAGCCUUCACGACGAGCAGCCUGAGCAGCCUGAACACGCCGGGGGGCUACCACCUCUCCCCGUCCCCCGGGGACCCCUACAGCCAGCAUGAGCCCCACUUCGAGCCCUGCCCGGCCGCCCAGCACAACUACAACUACCCGGGGUCUAACCCGGGCCAGGCUCCGUCGAGCGACGGUGGCGGGACUCCCAACUGCUCGUCCUCGUCCGCCAACUCCACGCCGAACGGGAAGACUAUAGUGAAGAAGAACCCCAAAGUGGCCAACAUUAACGUGCAGCUGGAGAUGAAAGCUUUAUGGGACGAGUUUAACCAGCUGGGCACGGAGAUGAUCGUCACCAAGGCUGGCAGGAGAAUGUUUCCAACUUUCCAAGUGAAAAUAUUUGGGAUGGAUCCCAUGGCAGACUACAUGCUCCUGAUGGACUUUCUGCCUGUAGACGACAAACGUUAUAGGUAUGCCUUCCACAGCUCAUCGUGGCUGGUUGCCGGUAAAGCUGACCCCGCCACACCGGGCAGGGUCCACUACCACCCGGACUCUCCGGCCAAAGGCGCGCAGUGGAUGAAGCAGAUUGUCUCUUUUGAUAAACUUAAACUCACCAACAACCUACUGGAUGACAACGGCCAUAUCAUUCUGAACUCCAUGCACCGCUACCAGCCCAGGUUUCAUGUGGUUUAUGUGGACCCCCGCAAGGACAGCGAGAAAUAUGCAGAGGAAAAUUACAAAACCUUUGUUUUUGAGGAAACCCGCUUCACGGCGGUCACAGCGUACCAGAACCACCGGAUCACGCAGCUGAAGAUAGCCAGCAAUCCCUUCGCAAAGGGCUUCAGAGACUGUGAUCCAGAGGACUGGCCCAGGAAUCACAGGCCAGGCUCCCUGCCAAUAAUGAGUGCCUUUGCAAGAACAAGAAACCCAAUGUCAUCUCCUCCUCAGCAGAACGGCACAGAAAAAGAAGAUGGUAGGCGGGAGUACGAGCGAGACCCCAGCGGCACGCCCAUACACGCCGACCCGGCUCACCAACUGAUGUCCCGGGUCCUCAGCCCCGCCUUGCCCGUCCCAGGAGGCCUUCACGGCGUCUCACUCACCAGUGGCCGACCCAGCCCUCCCCACGACCUUCGCCCAGACCCCCACGGUCUACCCCCGGACACCCUGCACCACCACCCUUACAAGUACCCCACCACCUAUGAACACUACCUGGGAGCCAAGACCAGGCCGUCGCCCUAUCAAUUACCCAGCAUCAGGGGACACACGUACCACCACCACAUGAACCCAGCCACAGCUAACAUGUACUCAGCCACCAGUGGCCCCUCUAACUAUGACUACGGGCCCAGAUAAUGACUGCUGUCCACCAGAGCUAACGGCGCUCACUGUGGAAAUGGAAACAGGCAGGAAAGGCAACACAGUCCUGUCUAUUGAUGGCUUACGCAACCUGCAGGGUGCGUUCACGGGCUGAAACUCUGCUGGAUAAACCCUGCCGUAUUUAUUUAAAGGAAAUGCAUCUUUGCGUGAAGCUCGGGCACCUGCUCCGAGUCCUUGAAGAGGUCUGCUUUGACCUUUGAACCCAAAAGGCAAUAGUUCCACACCGGGGCACCUCUUACCUGAGCGGUGCAGACAUUGAGCCAGCAAACAGAGGAGACAGGAGGGACCUCUCCGUAACUCAGACAAUUCCUUUGAUCACAGACUGGAAAUGAAUUCUUUUUUUUGUGUUGGAUGCACUUUUUUUGAUUUGCCUUGUUUUUAUUGCUUUAAAAAAAGCCAUAUGUUAUAUAGUCAAUCAACCUUCUAGGUAGACGAGAUGUUUGCAUGUUGAGCUCAUCAGAGAGGGUGUCCAAACACACCCAAAUGUUUUUGUUUGAGGAAAAAAAAAAAAAGAUUUGAUAUUUGAAACGUUCUGAACAUCUUGAGCCGCUCUGAGAAGCUUGUACCAUGGCACUGAC